CAGGUAGUUAAGGUGUGAAUGUCUCUGUUUUCCAUUGAUGAAUUUCAAUAUUUUUCAACAAUAUUUUACAUUACGGGAGGAAUGAAGAACAGAUGAUGAUGGAGACUUCCAUGGUGGUUACAGCUGUACAUCAGCUGCUGAACUCCUGUUUGGUUAUCAGACCCAGCUCUGCUUUGCAUACAGCUGCAGAGGAGCCAGUAUUUUCAUAUGAGAUAUAUCAUUCUACAUUAGGAACACUGGGCUGUUCUUGUGUUCCUGCUUUGAGGAAAUGAAGAUUUUAGGUAUUAAAACGCUAUAAGAGAAACAGCUACCGCAGAGCUAUUAUGCAUUAAUGCAAUUACUAAAAAAAACAAAACCUUCAUGCAACCUGGAGCUCUGUCAGGUGAAACCAUGGGAGUGAACAAUGGAUUGGCUCUGCUGGAGGAAGAACAAAAGGAAACCUCUACAGACAAAAGCUGGCUGGGUCAGUACAGACAGCUGGCUCAUUACUUCUCUCUGCUCUGCUUUCUGCUCAUCAUCAUCACUCUGCUCCAGACUCUCUGCUGAAAGCAAACUGAGAGAUGCGACACACAGACUGGAGAAGCUCAACCAGUCAUAUCGCCAACUGUUCUCCCAGUAUCCAGCUCUGAACCAGUACUGUCCAGUCAGCAACGCCACCACCGGUGAGAGAGUGUGCAGACCAUGUCCAGCCGGCUGGACGCUUCAGGGAGAGAAAUGUUUCCUGUUCAGUCAGGACCGGGCCGACUGGAUCAGCAGCCAGUACCGCUGCAUGACACUGGGUGGCGCUGUGGCCAUAGUCAGGACAGAGGAAGAACAGUUGUUUCUGUGGAACAAGGCCAAGAGUCUGAGCCAGGGAGACUCGUACUGGCUGGGCCUGAGGAUCAGUGGUGAUGGCGGGGGCUGGCAGUGGAGUGACGGCUCCCCGGUGGAGAAGGGACCAGGGUUUUGGGAGCGUGAGCCCGAUAAAACAGACAGCAGGGAGCUGUGUGGUCGGCUCACACCUGGAGACGACUACAGGAAGAGCUGGUACACCUACAGAUGCUCCAACCUGCUGAAGAGGAUCUGUGAGAGGAGACGAGCUACUCUACAGUGAGAGGAGAGGAGAGGAGAGGAGAGGAGAGAGAUGAAAUGAGAGGAGAGGAGAGGAAACAAGAGGAAACAAGAGGAAUUGAGACGAAAGGGAAUGAGAGGAGAGGAGAGGAAAUGAGAGGAAUUGAGAGGAGAGGAGACGAGAGGAAACGAGGAAAUGAAAGGAGAGGAGAGGAAACAAGAGGAAUUGAGACGAAAGGGAAUGAGUGGAGAGGAGAGGCGACGAGUGGAGAUGAGUGGAGAC